CGUCACUUACGUAUUUUUUCCCGGUUGAAGACUUCGAGAAGACAGCCCGCCGGCGCGUUUAAGCAAGACAGGGACUAGGCUAGGCUAAUUUUUUUUAAGUUCGCUGACAAUAUUGUUAAGCGUUAACAUCAUGGCCGAUAAAAUGGAUAUGUCUCUAGAUGACAUUAUCAAACAGAACAGGGUUCAGCGAGGUGGUGCAGGAGGCCGCGGUGGAAGAGGCCGCGGCCGAGGAGGCUCUGGCGGGGGCCGAGGUGGUAGUGUUGGGCGAGGCGCCGGUGGAGGCUUUGGAGGCCGUGGUGGAGGAUCCGGCCCCUUGAGGAAUCGACCAAACCUGAUCCGUGGUAGAGGCAGACCUACACCGUACAGCAGGCUCCCGGAGAAGUGGCAGCACGACAUGUACGACAACGGCUUUAACGCCGGGGGCGGAGGAGGCGGAGCCAGUGUGGAAACCGGAGGGAAGCUUCUGGUCUCCAACCUUGACUUUGGAGUGUCAGACGCAGACAUUCAGGAGCUGUUUGCUGAGUUCGGGACAUUGAAGAAGGCAGCUGUUCACUACGACCGCUCAGGCCGGAGCCUUGGCACGGCCGACGUCCACUUCGAGAGGAGAGCGGACGCCCUGAAGGCCAUGAAACAGUACAACGGUGUCCCUCUAGAUGGGCGGCCCAUGAACAUCCAGCUGGUUACGUCACAGAUCGACACACAGAGACGUCCACCUAUGCAGGGCCUGAACCGAGGCGGAGGAGGCAUGAACAGGAGGGUGGGCGGGUUUGGCGGCAUGCAGAGAGGCCGGGGAGGACGAGGAGCCCUCGGGGGAGGGGGGACCAGAGGCCGGGGCCGAGGGGGCCGGGGGAACAACAAGCAGGCACUCUCAGCCGAGGAGCUAGACGCUCAGCUAGACGCUUACAACGCCAGGAUGGAUACCACCUGAAGAUCCCCUCCGAUCUGCGUGGAAGGCUUUGGCAGUUCAAACUUGCAUAAUAUUUUACACUUGGAUGUCUUCUAAUGUGAUUAUAAUUCGUGUACCAAUCUUGCUCCUUUUAAAUGUUCAAAGUGUUUUUUACCGAUUUUGUUUUUUUCUUUUUGAGAAAAAAAAAAAAAACUGGUUUUGACUGUAGGUAGAGGAGUAGGACUUCUCCCUGUUUCUGAUCCUGCCACUGUAGAUUAUUGUAAUAAAACCUGCAGUUUGCAUUAACCAUA